AUGCUACCUGACAAGGACGGUCCAGCUGUUGGCGGGAGUCAGGGCUCCCCGGAAGGAGAGGACCCCUCUGUGGCUCUGUUCAGGGAAUACCUUCGCCUUAAAACCGUCCACCCUGACCCCGACUAUGAUUCUGCUCUCAGGUUCUUGGACCGAAUAGCUGCACAGCUGGAGCUGCCCAUGAAAAAGAUUGAGGUCUGUCCGGGCAGGGUUGUGUCCAUCAUGACGUGGGAAGGGACGAAGCCCACCCUGAAAUCCGUCCUCCUGAAUUCCCACACGGACGUCGUACCUGUUUACCAGGAGCACUGGAAAUAUGAUGCAUUCAGUGCUAUCAAAGAUGCUGAGGGUAACAUUUAUGCCCGUGGAACUCAGGACAUGAAAUGUGUGACUAUACAGUACAUUCAGGCGGUCAGGAGACUGAAGGCGCAGGGAUGGAAACCGACACGCACCGUGCAUUUAAUGUUUGUUCCUGAUGAGGAAGUCGGGGGACACAAGGGAAUGGAGACAUUUGUGACACAUCCAGAGUUUCAAAGAUUAAACAUUGGAUUUGCUCUGGAUGAAGGUCUGGCCAAUCCCACUGAGGCUUUCACUGUAUUCUAUGGAGAAAGGAACCCCUGGUGGAUUACUGUCCGCUGCCCAGGUAGUCCUGGUCAUGGGUCGAGGUUUGUGGAAAAUACAGCUGCAGAAAAGCUGCGACAAGUCAUCAACUCUUUCCUGGACUUCAGGGAGAAGGAGAAACAUCGGUUAAACACCAGCGAGUGUUUCACUCUGGGAGACGUCACCACUGUGAAUAUGACCAUGGUUAGAGGAGGUGUGGCCUACAACGUCAUCCCAGCUGAAAUGGACGUCAGCUUCGACUUAAGGAUCCCUCCCACAGUAAACCUACAGGAGUUUGAAAAGCAGAUCAAGAAGUGGUGUAAGGAAGCAGGAGAGGAUGUCACGUAUGAGUUUGCACAGAAACACAUGAACCAGAAUAUCACAUCCACGGCUGAGAACGAUCCUUGGUGGAGUGCCUUCAGCACCGCCUGCAAGUCAAUGAAUAUGACUCUGGAAAAGGAGAUAUUCCCAGCUGCCACCGACAGUCGGUUCAUCAGAGCGGUGGGAAUCCCUGCCAUCGGCUUUUCUCCAAUGAACAGGACCCCCAUUCUGCUGCACGACCACAACGAGUAUCUGAAUGAACGAGUCUUCCUGAACGGCAUCGGCGUGUACGAGAGACUCAUCCCCGCUCUGACGAGCGUUGCUGCCUCACCGGACGAGGCUUAGUCGAGCUUUAAUCCUCACUGAAACACAUUUCACUGGCUAUAUGAAUAUUCAACUUGAGGAAUUUGCAGAGAUUACCAAAGAAUAACAAUGUGUACAUGAUUAAGCCAAACUGAGCACUUAACCUUUGAUACUUGUUAAUUUUUGAUGACUCUCAGGUUCUAGGCGGCGCACUGCAGCGAGUUUUGCAUUUCAUCACAUUGCAUCAGUUUGACAACACGUUCACUGUAUAAACCAUCAACUCAUCAUCCUAAAGAAAAAGAAUCACCUAACAUGUUAGAGAUUUUCCACUUCUAUAACCAUAUUGUGGGAAAUAUAACACAUUUGUUUGACUGUAAAUGAUGAUUCAACAAAUAGAAUCUUAUUGAAUAAACUGUGGUAUUUGUUU